UCACACACUCAUAGCACCAUGUCUUACAAGAUCCUAGUGGUGGCUGUCCUGGCCGUGGCUGUCUUGGCUGACAUUGUUCCAGAUACCUACAAACCACCCCACCCACAUCCACAUCACCAUCCCCACCCACACCCACACCCCAACCCUCACCCUCACCCACACCCAUACCCCCACGUUCCCCCUAAAUAUGACUUCCACUAUACGGUGAAAGACAAGUACAAUGACUUCGGCCACUGGGAGUCCCGUGACGGAGACAACACGAGUGGGAAGUACAUCACCGUGCUGCCGGACGGACGCACACAGAUCGUUACCUACACCGUGAGCGGCAAAACCGGCUAUGUAGCGAACGUUGUUUACGAGGGCGAGGCAGUUCAUCCCAAGCAGACUGUAUACAAGCCCGAGUAUUAACAAGAGCCAGUCUACACCUCGAACCAAUACAGUUUUGCCAGUACUCAAGUCCAACUUUUGCGGUCCGCUACUUCUUAUUUAUUCUUUCAUUGUUACAGAUUCAUGUAACGACUGAUGUUAACUUAUUAAUAAAACUUUCAGCAUUA